AUUAGUAAGUCUGAAGGGAGAACGUGAGUAGAGUAGGAAAUUCGGGAGCUCCCGGUAUCAGACCCAGCGCCCCUCUCCCGCUCCUCGCAGGUUUUCGUCCCCGCUAUGGCUGAGCUGAUACAAAAGAAACUACAAGGAGAAGUGGAGAAAUAUCAACAGCUACAGAAGGACUUGAGUAAAUCCAUGUCAGGGCGGCAGAAGCUUGAGGCACAACUAACAGAAAACAACAUCGUUAAGGAGGAGCUGGCUCUGCUGGAUGGGUCCAACGUGGUCUUCAAACUUCUGGGUCCUGUGCUGGUCAAACAGGAGCUAGGGGAGGCUAGGGCCACUGUGGGGAAGAGGCUGGACUAUAUUACAGCUGAAAUUAAGCGCUAUGAAUCCCAGCUCCGGGACCUGGAGAGGCAGUCAGAGCAACAGAGAGAGACCCUUGCUCAGCUGCAGCAGGAGUUCCAGCGGGCACAGGCGGCAAAGGCAGGGACUCCUGGGAAAGCCUGACCUCGUGGGGGGGGGGGGGGGGAUAGGGAGGCAGCUCUAGGAUCUAUAAUGUAGCUAAUAAAAUGUGAAAACACCUGG